UGAGAGAGGGAGGAAGAAGGAAAGAGGAAAGGCGUGGCCUCUGGGCCUCAGUGAGCGAAGGGGAAGGGAGCAGUCUUCGGCGCUGCUUAGCGAGAGCUCUAUUGGUGGAAAACAUACUACUUCACAUGAUUGGCGUCUCCGUUGUCCAAUGAAAAGGCCAGCAGUGUUUGGAACGGAACCUCAGGCACCAAUGAGCGAGCGAGGGAGGAAGAAGGAAAGGCGUGGAGUGAGUGCUGCUGGGCCUCAGUGAGCGAAGGGAAGGGGUCUUCUUCUUCGUCAGAGCUGCUCAGCGGGAGCUCGGAAUGAAGAGAAACAACUGGCGAGGCAGAGAAAAAUGUGUCCGGAGCAAUCGCAGGCAAACCUAUAAUACCCAGCCAUACAGGGCACUCCACCACUGGAGUUAUACAGAAAGAUAUGAACAAGAAGAAAGACAAAACUCACAGAACCCGGGUACAAGCCAAACUGAAUCCCCCUCUACAUCUUCUAGUAUGUGCCAGAACUCUCCAGCGCCUGAAUUACCGGGUUUUUAUUAUGAUCCUGAAAAGAAUCGUUAUUUCCGCUUACUUCCUGGGCAUAACAACUGCAAUCCCCUCACCAGGGAAAGCAUUCAGCACAGAGAAAUGGAAUAUCAGAGGCUGAAACUCCUAGAAGAGGAAAAGAAAUGUAUAAAAAAAACAUCCAGAUGUGGACUGAACUCUUCCAUUGUCUUACGCAAGAGGCAGUUAGGUUUGUUCAGCUCAAUCAACUAUUGCAGGUUGAUUCAUGAAUUAAAGGUGAAUUGUAUGCAGAGAAGAAAAUUAGAAAUUGAGAGCCCAGAUUCUACAGUUUCUGGAAACAACUAUUUUAAACUGAUAGCAGCAGACACUGCUUAUGAAAGAAUAUUUACUGUGAAUGAUGUAGAGCAUGGAGGAUGUAAAUAUGGUAUUAUCAACCUUAGUGGCUUGGGGAAGGAUUCUCUUACUGUGGAGAUGUAUGACAACCUUUAUUUUACAAACCGCAAGGUGAAUUCUGUUUGUUGGGCAUCACUAAGUCAUCCAGAUUCCCAUGUUCUGCUGUGCCUCAUGGGCAUUGCAGAAACUCUAGGCUGUGCCAGUUUGCUCCCAGCAUCCUUAUUUAGCAACUCUAACACAGGAGAUCAACCAGGAAUGUUGUGCAGCUUUAAAAUCCCCACAGCCUGGUCCUGUGCCUGGUGUUUGAAUCCUCAAGCUGACAACUGCUUUAGCACUGGUUUAAGUCGACAGGUACUUGUGACCAAUACAGUGACUGGUCAUCGGCAGACAUUUGGUACCAGUAGUGAUGUCCUAGCACAGCAGUUUGCCACUCAGACUCCAAUGCUCUAUAAUGGCUGCCGUUCAGGGGAGAUUUUCAGCAUUGAUGUCCGUCAGCGUUCUCAUAAAGGGCAGAGAUGGAAGGCCAUCCGUCUUUUCCAUCACUCAGCAGUCACAUCUGUUAAUGUUCUAAAAAAUGAGCACUACCUCAUGGCUGCAGAUAUGGAAGGCAAGGUAAAACUCUGGGAUCUGAGAAAACUAAAAUGUGUGAAAGAAUAUAGAGGCCAUCACAAUGAACAUACCAUUCUUCCUUUGCACAUUAAUGAAGAAGAGGGAUUUCUUACAGCAGUGGGUCAAGACUGUUAUACACGAAUUUGGAGUCUGCAAGAUGCCCGAUUGCUACGGACGAUCCCUUCUCCACAUCCAUCUUCCACCGACUCCAUCCCAAGUGUAGUGUUCUCAUCUCGGCUUGGAGGCACCCGAGGGGUUCCUGGGUUGCUUAUGGCCGUCAGGCAGGAUCUGUACUAUUUUUCAUAUAAAUCGGAUGACCCAUAUUGCUUAGAUACCAAAGACAUGGACCAUUCCAUCCUACUUAGUGACUGAAACUAACAAUAUGAUGGGGAUUUAAAUUAUUAUUGUAUUGACAUGACUUGUUGUUCUUCUCAUCCAUUAACAUUUUGGAGCUUCAUAGUAAUCCCAAGAACAUUUUUCUUUUCUAUAUUUUUUAUGAAGCAUUGAAAAUAAAUUCAAAAGUGAUUAUAUUUUGCUUUUUCCAAGCAUGACUGGUUCAUUCUUUAUGUAUGGGUGUUUGUAAGUAUGUAUAUUAGAAAUGAAUGAUUGUGGAGGGAUAGGAGGCUGCAUUCAUCCCUCGGGACCAUGGAGAGUUGCACCCAUCAAGCAAAACAAAAAUAUCCCCCCUCCCCCCAAUGCCUUUACCAUGUUUUUAGGCCCAAGAAAGGAAACAACUAGAGAGUAACUUCCUCUUUCUUACGUUCCUUUCUUUUCUUUUCCGGGAUGGGGAAGUCUCCUCUGGGGGACUUCGAAAUAUGGUGAAAUUUCCUCCCACACCUAGAGGGCAUUUUGGGAGCAAAUAAAAUUGUAGCCCUGUAGGUUGCACUUUGCCCACUUCUGGUGUAUAUAAUCAGUUGCAGAUUUGAAACUCACAACAGAACUUUUCCAGUACACGUUGAAUAAACUUUAUCCAAAAUGUUUGGGAA